AUCCUGACAAUGUGAUUUACUGAGUAUAUAAAGUUUAUAUAUUAUUAUAUAUCAACAAAUUUAGGAUUUCAUAAAUGGACUGUACCAUAUGUGUAAAUUAACUUUUGGUUUAAGGUUGUCUUUGGCCUCUAAUAUCAACAGGAAAGGUCAAGCCGGUGAACAAAAAUAUAUUUUGAAAGGAGAAGUUCAGGUGGCACAGGAGAAGAAAAACUCAGGUGGCAAAUAUUUAGUUUCAGUUUGUCAGAAUUGACACAUUAUUAAGAAACUUAAAGCAACUACCAUGGGAAAUAGCACCAGUAGCGCAUUAUCAAAGGAGAUCCUGGAGGACCUGAAGCUGAGCACCAUAUUCACUGAAAAUGAGAUCAGCCAGUGGUAUGAGAACUUUCAGAAGCAGUGCCCGUCGGGACGCAUAACACCUGAAGAGUUUGAGCAGAUUUACACCCGCUUCUUUCCUGAGAGCGAUGCCAAGAGCUACGCACGACAUGUGUUUCGCUCCUUUGACACCAACGAUGAUGGCACUUUGGACUUCAAGGAGUACAUCAUUGCACUGCAUAUGACCUCCACUGGGAAGACGACACGAAAACUGGAGUGGGCCUUCUCGCUGUUUGAUGUAGACAAGAACGGAUACAUCAACAAGACAGAGGUGACGGAGAUCUGCCAGGCCAUAUUUAAGCUGAUCCCCAAGGAGGAGCAGAGCAAGCUACCAGAGGAUGAGAACACACCCGAGAAGAGAGCCAACAAGCUGUGGUCUUACUUCGAAAAGAAAGACAACGAGCGACUGGCUGAAGGAGAGUUCAUCAAGGGAGUGAUUGAAAAUGAGAAUGCAAUGCGUCUCAUCCACUAUGAACCACUCAAAGAAUAGUCAUUCCUAUUUUGUCCCCUCUCCUUUCUCUCAUUAAACUCUUUCCUUUCUCUUAAACUUUAUUUUUUUUCAUCUUCCCCUCCCAGCCUCUAAUGCUUUCUCCUCCCUCCUCUUUACUCCACUCAACCCAUCUGUGUAAAUACUCUUUUGUGCAGUGUCUUGGUUGUAACUUCUCAGUAAGUUUCGUUUAUGUGAUGUUAUUGUUUUACUAAUAUUUGUCAAUUAAUUUAUAUCAGAUAGAGACUAAAAGAGGCGAAUUGUGGCAUAGUGUUUCAAAACAUGUGUACAGCUCACAAGAAGAUUUAUGGUGACUAUAUUGAUGCAAUGUAUAAUAUAUAUAUACAUAUACAGUAUAUAUAAAUAAUUUGUGUGAUAAAUAUAGUUAAUCGUUUAAAUGGCUCAAAUGAAAUUUUGGCUCUAGAGAAAUGAAUGGUAAUGGAAAUUAUAUAUACGUAUCAUACCCAAUUGUUAGCUCAUUAAAGGUUUUUUACAGAACUGGAAAUGUCUUGAUAGAGGUCGAAGCUCUCAAGUGUUGUACUUUGUUCAGUGUACAAUAAAAUAAAGGUUUUCUCGUACA